CCUGGGGCUAACAUACCUGUUUCUCACUACUUUUGUUUAGUCAUCUGGCCUUUCCCCCUCACAGUAGAUAGAACAAAGCAACUGCAUCUGCUCUCUAUGGGCCAUGGUGAAUAUGACCAUAAGCAAGGGAAUAAUACAACUGCUGCCAGAGCAACUAAAUUAAAGUCCAGGAGAGUCUGAACUGGGAAGCAUUUUUAUCCUGCCAUGCCGAUGUAGGGAAUUAUGAGAUGGAGCUCAAAUCAACCCCACAAUCUACUUUGUUCCUACAGAGAACUACUUCUGCUCAAUCAGUUCCCCCAUAUCAGAGAACUUCUUCCGGCCAUGCAGUCACCACGUUUUUCUCCAGCAGGACAAGUAAUAUUAUAACCACCUCAUUAAGCCAAAGAACAUCUGUGCUCCCUGCCACCCAAACAACAAACCAUCAUCCGGUAACAACAGCAUUGGCCCCUAACAUGACAACGCAAGCAAGAGAAAACAGCACCCAGCUGACCAGCAAGACGACCCAUCUAAUAUUAACAACUACAGUAGCAGGUAAAAAAACAACUGCAAAGCCCCCACUGCCGACCAAUGAAACUACAACCCAUGUAAGAGUAACAACUACAGCACAAACAUCUAACAAGACAACCAUCCAGAGAACCGAGAAAACCACAAUGCCAACCAACCAAACAACCCAUUCAAGGGUAGCAACUACAGCUGCAGCUAAGAAGACAACUGCAAAGCCUACAUCACCAACCAAUCAAACUACAACCCUUGCAGUAACAACUAAAGCAACAACGAACAAGACAGCUGUAAAGACCACCGCACAGACAACUAAACAAACAACGCAUACAGCAGCAAAAACUACAGCCAGAACCAACAUGACAACCAUUCCUCCAAGGAAUCAAACAACCAGACCUGCUACGACAGCCACCGUGGGGCCCACUCUCGCACCUGAUCCAUCCUCACCCACUACUGGAGCCUACAAUGUUUCCAAUGGAAGUGUGAACUGCAUUAAAGCAUCAAUGGGAUUGGAGCUGAUUGUUCAAAACUUUAAGACGCAGAAGAAGGGAUACUUCAAUAUUGAUCCCAGUAUCACACAAACGUCUGGAAGCUGUGGAAAUCUGCAAUCAAAUCUGAACUUAACUUUUAACGGCGGCUUUAUAAGCUUUACCUUUGUAAAGAAAGAUAGAGUCUAUUACAUCAGUACAGUUGAGGCCAGCUUAAAGAUACCCUCUGUGGGUUCGUGGCACAAUGCUACAAGCAAGCAGCUGUUUACAGCUACGAUGGGGAAUUCGUUUAAGUGUCUCAGCAAACAGAUGGUGAACCUGGCAGACAACUUCCAGCUGCUCACUGUUAACACCCAACUCCAAGCCUUUGUCAUUGUUGGUGACCAGUUUGGGAAAGAGGAAGAAUGCUCUCUUGACAGAAACAGGAGAACAAUCCCUAUUGCAUUGGGCCUGAGCACCCUGGGAUUGUUUGUCAUUGUGCUUGCCUUGGGGCUAAUUUCCAGAAGAAAGCCAAAUAGAGGAUAUGAACGCAUCUGAAUUGCCCACACACUUCAAAAUUGGAGGAGUGCGCAGCUGACUUCAACAUCAUUUUUCCUGCGAUUGGCUUCUUCGUGAUCUUUGUCGCCGGCAUCCUGGCACUCAUCCUUUAUGUAGUCUGCCUUAAGCGUAAAUCAUCUGCGUACCAGAGAACCUAGCGGAUCAAAAUAAUUUCAUAUAAAUAAUGAGAAGCAUUGCAUGAAAAGAUUUUAGAAUUUCAAGUCUGCCAUAAUUUUCCUUCUAAUAACACUAUUAGAACAAUGUAAAAUGCCACAGUAUUUUUAGUGGCCUAUUUCAAUUCAACUGUUUGUUUUUACAAUACAGUUUAUGGAUCAUACGUAGGAAAUGGGUUAAUAUAAGGAAGAGCAUAAAUUUGAAAACUGAAUUUAUAAAGAACAUGCAAUGUAACUAUUACUCUCUCAGCAUGUUACUGGCAUUUUAAGGGCAUAAUCCUGAGGGCUGCUGAAGGAGUGUAGCAUCUCACAGGAUCAGGUCGUAAACUUUCCUGACUGGGUCCUUUUAAAAUUUUGAACGUAUAAAUUUUGUUUGUUUUAUUCAAUUAAGGCCUUGAAUAGCUGCAGCGCAGCGUAUUUAACUGAUCUCCUUUCUUGUAUGUUCCUAGCCAUUUGUUAGAAUCUCAAAUAUUGGGUUUCCCUGUCUGUCCAGUUUUUAAUCUUGUAUCAAUGGGAACCAAAGCAUUUUCUUGUUAUGUUCCUUCCCUGGGAAACUCUGUUACUGUUCAGUCUUUUAACAUUUGAUACUCAGUUGAAGAGAGAUCUAUUCACUCUUGCUUUAACUGGUCUUAAUUACUAAUAAUUUAACUGAGUUUCAUUGUGCAGUGCCCUGUGCCAUUUUUAUGGAUGAUGCAAAAUAAAUACAUUUUAUUGCAUAUUUUGGACUAGAAUUAUAAAUCAAACUGUUAGUGAUGAACAAUGUUUGAGUUCAUGUUUAUCUUUUUUUUUCCUGGUGUGUGUGGGGGAAGGGAAAGAUCUUUUUUUAUUUAAAAAAAAAAAGCAAAAAAAAAGCUAAAUGCGAUCCUUUUCCAUGCAAUGAGUAAAAUGAUAGAUUUGUACUAACUGGCACUGGUGCAGCGUACAAUGCAAAUGCAGCCAUAGGGCCAGAUCUAUAGCUGGUGUAAAAUCAGCAAAGCUUCAUUGAAGCCAUUGGCGCUAUGGCCAUUUACACAAAGUAAAAAGCCAGUGCAGAUACAAUGAUUUUUACACCAGCUGAGGAGUCAAUGGACCUUCACUGCUUUACAGCUGCUGAGGAUGUGAACCUAUUCUCUGACAAGCAGUAACACCCUAUCUACCCAAUCCCAUGAACAGAUGUUUUCAAGAAGCGUGAACAAAUGGCAGUAGAGAUGUAGGUAGAGGAAAUUGCUUGGUCAGAAAGUGUUGAGUUUUAUGGGAAGUAAGAGUAGGCAGCAAAUUUGCUGCCUGAGUUGCUACAUGCAAUUUUUUGGCAGGUGCUCAUGCUCAUUUCCUGCCAGAAUUUAGCUUAAUAUUUGGUGGGUGGCUUAUCUUCUGAGAAAUUGUUCAUAUAAUGUUGUUCUUAGGAGCUUCCAGCUUCAGAGGAGGGAAAUCUACAGAUUUCAUGGCUCUUGGUUGCAGGGUUUUGUUGCCAAAUGUUCUGUUUGAGGAAAUAUUCCAUACAAAGUCUGGGUUGCAAAGGAGGAACAUGCAGUGAGAUUUUUAAGAUCUUACCAUAUAAUAUUCUGUAUAUUGGACAUGCUGUCACACUAACACCACUAUUGACACCAUCCAUUUCUUCUACUAUUUGCUUUUGCUCAUCUGUAUGGAUGAUCAACGCUGACAAUGCUACCUAACCUAGUGGCCCCACUCCUCCUUGCCGUAGUUGUUCUUUGCCAACAUCUGCCACUUGUCCAACAUCUCGCACACAAUGUAGGAUCAUAGAAGCUAGAAACAAAAACACCCUGCUAAAAUCCCUAACUCCCUUAGGUGCCACUGAAAAUCACAACCUAGAUCAUGUACUACAUCCUAUGCAAAUGCAACAUACAACCUAACAAGAAAGGGCGUAUCACAUAUUAUACCAAUCCCAUACUUGUUCUGAGCCGAAAGGUCAAUAAGAGCAUAAUGCAAAGCUUUAUUUCCUUCUGUGCCUUAUUUCUCCACAAAGGGCAAAUAAAGGCCAAUCUAAAAAUUGGCUGCGAAGUAUUGCAAGGAGAGGGGUGGGCGAUUUAAAUGUACUUCUUGAGACGACAGACACCAUUAGCUUAUUGACUUAUCUCCUUAACUGUUAUCCUGCCAUUAUCAAUGGGUCCCAACAUAAUUACUUAGUUAUGAAAAUCGUGUAUGCUCUGUACUUUUCUACUGUUGGAGUUUCUGUAAUAAAGAUUGUUUUCA